GGGGGAGGGGGCUGGAGGGGCAGUGACACCACCGAUCAGUGUCAGCGGAGGAAAACGGACUGAGAGGCAGAAGGAGGUUCACUUACCCCGGUGGUUCCAGCAGACUGCUCCAGUGGACGUGUUCAGACCUGGUUUAUUAUUGAAAUCACCUGAGGAUCGGCUAACUGUUCAGGAUGUCUGGGAAGGUCGGUGCCGAGGAGCUGGAGGAGAUCAGGGAGGGCUUCAAGAAAGUCGAUUUGGAUGGGAAUGGUUACAUUAGUGCCUCUGAACUGGGCGCCCUGUUCCGAGAGGUGGGCUGUCCGUUACCUGGAUACCAACUACGAGAGCUCCUCCAGAAGCUGGAUCGAAACAAUGACAGCAAGAUCAGCUUUGAGGAAUUCACGGCUAUCUUCCAGGAGAUGAAGGAUGACCGCAUGGCUCAGGGUUUCAGGAAAGCUCUCAACAAGAAGGAAGGAAUCGUGGCCAUCGGGGGUACCAGUGAGAUCUCCAGUGAGGGAACUCAACAUUCCAUCUCUGAACAGGAGCGCUUUGCCUUCGCCAACUACAUCAGCACAGCUUUGGAGAAGGAUGAAGACCUUAAGCAUGUUCUGCCCAUCAACCCCACCACUGGAGCUCUGUUUAAAGCCUCAGCAGAUGGCAUUUUGCUCUGUAAACUGAUCAACCUGUCGGUUCCUGACACCAUCGAUGAGAGAACCAUCAACAAAAAGAAGCUGACACCUUUCACCACGCAGGAGAAUCUAAACUUGGCUCUGAACUCAGCCUCAGCCAUUGGCUGUCAGGUGGUGAACAUCGGGGCUCAGGACCUGAAGGAGGGCAAACCCCACCUGGUGCUUGGACUCCUCUGGCAGAUCAUCAAGAUUGGAUUGUUUGCGGAUAUAAAGCUGAGCCGCAACGAAGCUCUCGCCGCAUUGCUGGAGGAGGGGGAGAGUCUGGAGGCGCUGAUGAAACUCAGUCCUGAAGAGCUGCUGCUGCGUUGGGUCAACUUCCAUCUGAAGAAAACUGGCAUGACCAUAUCCAACUUCUCUGGAGAUAUUAAGGACUCCAAGGCCUACUUCCACCUGCUGGAGCAGAUAGCUCCAGACGGCACCAAAGAGGGCGUUCCUCGGGUGGAGAUUGACAUGACUGGUCUCUAUGAGAAGGACCUUAAAAAGAGAGCAGAAUGUUUGCUGAAACAGGCCGAGCUGCUGGGUUGCCGACAGUUCGUGUCCGCUACUGAUAUUGUGACCGGCAAUGCCAAACUCAACCUGGCCUUUGUGGCCACUCUCUUCAACAAACACCCGGCUCUCACCAAACCAGAGAACCAGGACUGGACCGUGGAAGGUGAGACUAGGGAGGAGAGAACCUUCAGGAACUGGAUGAAUUCUCUUGGAGUCAAUCCACAUGUUCACCAUGUCUACGGAGAUCUGCAGGAUGCCAUAGUAAUUCUGCAGCUGUAUGAAAAGAUUAAGGUGCCAGUGGACUGGAACCAUCGGGUCAACCUUCCUCCCUUCAAAGGAGUGGGAGGAGGACAUUUAAAGAAGAUUGAAAACUGUAACUAUGCGGUGGAGCUGGGAAAGAAGAAAGCUGGCUUUUCUCUGGUAGGAAUCGGCGGUCAGGAUCUGUACGAUGGAAACCCGACUCUCACACUGGCCCUAGUGUGGCAGCUGAUGAGGAGGUACACGCUAAAUGUUCUGGAAGACCUCGGACACGGAGAAGUAGCUGGAGACGACCUGAUCAUUUCAUGGGUCAACAAGACUUUGGCUGAGGCUGGAAAGAGUUCUUCUUUCAAAAGCUUUAAAGACAAAUCGAUCAGCACCAGCCUUCCAGUUCUGGACCUGAUCGAUGCCAUUCAGCCACAGAGUGUGAACUUUGACCUGGUGAAGAGAGACAGUCCUUCAGAUGAAGACAAGCUGAACAAUGCCAAGUAUGCCGUCUCCAUGGCAAGGAAGAUCGGUGCAAAAGUCUAUGCUCUGCCUGAAGACCUGGUAGAAGUCAACCCCAAAAUGGUGAUGACCAUGUUCGCGUGCCUGAUGGGGCGGGGCAUGAAGAGGGCUUAGCAGUGCAACACACACACACACACACACACACACACACACACACACACACACACACACACACACACACACACACACACACACACACACACACACACACACACACACACACACACACACACACACACACACAGUUUGAUCCAUGUUUAGUGGGCUUCCUUUCAGAUGAAUCAAACAUGUUGAUGUGAGGAAUUUUAUUCAGUUACAUUUUUCUUCGGAAUAAUCAAACAAAAUAAAGUUAUUCAGCUUUUAAAAUCUCAUUUUUACAGUGGAGCUGUAUGUUGGUUGCAGUGCAUGCUGGGGAAAUCCUCACCUGUGGUUGUGUAAAGAAGCAUCCUGAAUCACACACAAUAUUUGGCAAUUUUUGGUCUAGUUUGUGUGACGGGCCUUUCCCCUCAUUUUUAUCUCUGCUUUCCAUUACUGACUCGGUUGUCUCAGCUGUUCUCGUGUCCUGCUGAACACAACAUAGUUUCUUCGUUAGCCGGGACAGUUGGAGGUUUUUAAAAUCUGUACUCUAAGUUUAUUCUCUGUCUUAUGUAAGCUUUAUAACAAAACACAAUAAACUUUGGGUAACUACAUUAUAAUGCAUUGAGCUAUUUUUGUGAGACAUCAAGGAAAAACCUGUAAACACAAAUAAAAACUACAAACCCUG